AUCUGGGGAUAUCCGUGAUUCCAGCUGAAAUGUGCCCUAUCUUUCUAAAGAAACAGCGGAGGAAUUAGUGGCCAGCGGAAAGCGCUGGGACUUUGGAAUGGGUGGCGCUUCGUUGGUGGCAGCAGCGGCACCGCCGCCGCCGGGCAUCCUCGCUAUCCGCAACUUGAAGCCUCUCGGCGUCCGGCGGCUCUUCUCCUUUUCUUGCUCCAACUCCUACCCGCCCAACUGCUCCGGCAAACAAAGAAAUCUCAGAAAUCUCAUAACCCUAGUCCAUUGUAGUAUCAACAAUGUAUCCACGGAGAUCAUCAACAAUGUAUCCACAGAGAGCCCACCAGAAAGCGAAGUUUCGAUGACUGGUGCUGCUUAUGACUUCAAAGGAGCAACAACCUCACUUACAAAUGAGCUCUUGUCUUCUGCGAAGAAGGUUACUCUUGUGAGACAUGGAUUGAGCUCCUGGAAUGAGGAAAGUCGUGUUCAGGGAAGUUCAGAUUUGUCCAUAUUAACAGAAACUGGAGCCAUGCAAGCUGAGAGAUGCCGUAAUGCAUUGAUCAAUAUGAACUUUGACAUCUGCUUCUCUAGUCCUAUCUCAAGAGCAAAGUCUACUGCUGAACUUAUAUGGCAUGGACGCGAGCAACCACUAAUUUUUCUUGAUUCAUUGAAAGAGGCACAUCUAUUUUUUCUCGAAGGCAUGACAAAUGCGGAUGCUAAGAAGAAAUACCCAGAAUUGUAUACCAAAUGGAGAGAAGAUCCUGCUAAUUUUCAUGUCGAAGGUGUUUAUCCUAUACGAAGGUUGUGGGGAACUGCAAGAGAAGCUUGGAAAGAAAUUUUGUUCUCACCGGGAGAGAGCUUUUUGGUAGUUACUCAUAAGUCCAUUUUGCGAGCCCUCAUCUGUACAGCUCUUGGACUAGGUCCAGAGAGGUAAGUUCAAGUGCUCGUAAUCUCCAAUGUGUGCGAUUUAUUGUUCUCUAACACUAGAGCCUCAAAGGUUACAAAUAUUUC